GCGCCGUAACAGUCAUGGUGAGUUUUCCUCGGAGUGUUUUCAGUCUGACCAGAGCAGCGCAGCGAGCACUUCCACUGCAGUUAACAGCAAACCACGGCGUCUACUUCAACCCACACCCCAGACUGGUGUCGUCCUCGCCGCUCACCAUGACGUUACCGGCUGUGAAGACGGUGGUCAGUGAGAUUAUUCGCUCUCCCGAGGACAAGAGGGUUUACAGAGGACUGGACUUUAGCAACGGCCUGAAAGCCAUGCUGAUCAGUGACCCGACGACAGACAAAUCUUCAGCUGCGUUGGACGUCCAUAUAGGUUCUCUGUCGGACCCAGACAACAUCUCGGGCCUGGCCCACUUCUGUGAGCACAUGCUGUUCCUGGGAACGCAGAAGUAUCCGAAGGAGAACGAGUACAGCCAGUUCCUCAGUGAGCACGCCGGCAGCUCCAACGCCUUCACCAGUGGAGAACACACCAAUUACUACUUCGACGUUUCCCAUGAGCACUUGCAAGGAGCUCUUGAUAGGUUUGCCCAGUUCUUUCUGUGCCCUCUGUUUGACGAGAGCUGCAAGGACCGGGAGGUGAAUGCUGUCGACUCUGAGCAUGAAAAGAACCUGAUGAACGACGCCUGGAGGCUUUUCCAGCUGGAAAAAGCCACAGGAAACUCAAACCACCCCUUCAGUAAAUUUGGAACAGGUAAUAAACUGACACUGGAGACCCGGCCGUCUCAGGACGGGAUCGAUGUCCGACAGGAGCUGCUGAAGUUUCACUCCACGUUUUACUCCUCCAACCUCAUGGGGCUCUGCGUGUUAGGAAGAGAAUCCCUUGAUGAAUUGACAACCAUGGUGGUGAACCUAUUUGAAGAAGUGGAAAACAAAAAUGUGUCUAUCCCAGAAUUCCCUGAGCAUCCGUUCCAGGAAGAGCACCUGAAACAAUUCUACAAAGUGGUUCCGAUCAAAGACAUCAGGAACUUGUACGUGACGUUCCCCAUCCCGGACCUGCAGAAGUAUUACAAGUCAAACCCAGGACAUUAUCUGGGACAUCUGAUCGGUCACGAAGGACCUGGAAGUUUGUUAUCGGAACUGAAAUCUAAAGGAUGGGUGAACACUCUCGUCGGAGGACAGAAAGAAGGAGCCAAAGGCUUCAUGUUCUUCAUCAUCAACGUGGACCUGACGGAGGAAGGACUCCUGCACGUGGACGACAUCAUCUUCCACAUGUUCCAGUACAUCCAGAAACUGCGCACCGAGGGACCUCAGGAAUGGGUGUUUGAAGAGUGCAAAGAUUUAAGCAAAGUUGCGUUCAGAUUCAAGGACAAGGAGCGGCCGCGCGGCUACACGUCCAAAGUGGCAGGAUUACUACACUACUAUCCUCUGGAAGAAGUCUUGGCAGCGGAGUAUCUUCUGGAGGAUUUCAGGCCGGAUCUGAUCGAAAUGGUGCUGGAUAAGCUGAGACCAGAAAACGUCAGAGUUGCCGUGGUGUCCAAGUCCUUUGACGGGCAAACGGACAAGACGGAGGAAUGGUACGGCACGUGUUACAAGCAGGAAGCCAUCUCUGAAGAAACCCUCAAGACGUGGGCUAAAGCAGAUCUCAACGGCAAGUUCAAGUUACCGAUGAGGAACGAGUUCAUCCCCACUAACUUUGAGAUCUACCCUCUGGAGAAAGACGCUCCCUCCGUCCCCACUUUAAUCAAGGACACGGCGAUGAGCAAGGUUUGGUUCAAGCAGGAUGACAAGUUCUUCCUCCCCAAGGCUUGCCUGAACUUUGAGUUCUUCAGUCGCUACCUUUACGCAGAUCCCCUGCACUGCAACAUGACGUACUUGUUGCUCAGGUUACUGAAGGAUGAUUUAAGAGAGUAUACAUAUGCAGCCCGCCUGGCCGGGCUGGUGUACGGCGUGGCCUCGGGCAUGAAUGCCAUCAUCCUGUCAGUCAAAGGUUACAACGACAAGCAGCACAUCAUCCUGAAGAAGAUCAUCGAGAAGAUGGCGACGUUUGAGAUCGACGAGAAGCGCUUUGACAUCAUCAAAGAAGCCUACAUGCGGUCUCUGAAUAACUUCCGGGCCGAGCAGCCUCAUCAACACGCCAUGUAUUAUCUCCGCCUGCUGAUGACGGAGGUCGCCUGGACCAAAGACGAGCUCAGGGAAGCCCUGGAUGAUGUAACGCUCCCACGCCUGAAGGCCUUCAUCCCUCAGCUGUUGUCACGGUUACACAUUGAAGCUCUGCUCCAUGGAAACAUCACCAAAGAGUCGGCUCUUGGAAUGAUACAAAUGUUGGAGGACACGCUGAUCGAACACGCUCACACCAAACCCCUCCUGCCCAGCCAGCUGAUCCGCUACAGGGAAGUCCAGGUUCCAGACGGCGGCUGGUACGUCUACCAGCAGAGGAACGAGGUCCACAACAACUGCGGCAUCGAGAUUUACUACCAGACGGACAUGCAGACGACGCAGGAGAACAUGCUGCUGGAGCUUUUCUGCCAGAUCAUCUCAGAGCCGUGUUUCAACACGCUGAGGACCAAGGAGCAGCUCGGUUACAUCGUGUUCAGCGGGCCCCGGCGGGCCAACGGCGUGCAGGGCCUGCGCUUCAUCAUCCAGUCGGAGAAGGCUCCCCACUACCUGGAGAGCCGGGUGGAGGCGUUCCUCCACGCCAUGGAGAAGCUGCUGGAGGAGAUGAGCGACGAGGCCUUCCAGAAACACAUCCAGGCCCUGGCCAUCCGCCGCCUGGACAAGCCCAAGAAGCUGUCGGCCGAGUGUGCCAAGCACUGGGGGGAGAUCAUCUCCCAGCAGUACAACUUUGACCGAGAUAACAUCGAGGUGUCUCAUCUGAAGACUCUGACCAAGGACAACGUCCUGCUCUUCUACCGGGAGCGUCUGACGGUGGAGGCUGCAAAACGACACAAGGUCUCGGUGCACGUGCUGUCCCGGGAGAUGGAUUCCUGUCCCAUCGUGGGAGAGUUUCCUGCUCAGAACGACGUGAACCUGGCCCCCGCCCCGUCCCUGCCCCAGCCGUCGUUGGUCCAGGACAUGACCGACUUCAAGAGGAACCUGCCGUUGUUUCCUCUGGCCAAGCCGCACGUCAACUUCAUGGCUGCCAAACUGUGAGCCGUGUCUGCCCCGUACACAUCUCAACACCUUCAUCACCUCCACCUCCACCAGGGAGACGCUGGGCCGGCUGAGCUGCAUGAGUGUGAGAGGGUGAAUGUGUGAGUGAGAGGGUGAAUGUUGGGCUUCAACCACUAGAAGCUCCUUAAGAAUCACAAAGUUAGAGACGUUGUUUUAAGUAGCUGCGAUGAUGAUGAUGAUGAUGAUGGUGGGAUUACCAGACUCUAAAAAGCUGAAACUGCUUCAAUUCUGUCGGCUGUUUUAGAGAAAGUAGAAACGACUAAAAGAAAAAGAGGCGAGCGCCGCAUUCCUUUGCACGGGAACUUCCCAGGAAGAGUUUGGUUUGUUUUAAAGCUGCUUGUUUGGUCGGGAUGAACCGGGAACGUUGGGCUUCAUGAAGAUUCUUUAUUUGUUCAUUUUAUUUUCCUGUAACUACUGAAACGAUGCACUCGGUCAGAUUUCAGCAUUUCCGAACCUGCGAUGGUUUUUUCAUCCCGGCUUGUUUUGAAAUGUUUGCUUGUAAAGUGGUAAAAUGUUGGGACCUUUGAGGAGUGAUUUUACUUUCUUUUUUUUUUUUCUUCCCCUUUUUUUAAAAAACAAAACCACUAACCACUCAUGCUCAGAUCUUUUAGGUUUUUAUUGUAUUGUAAAGUAGAAUGGGAAUGAAACACCUCAGGGGAAACUCCAUGCUGUCUCUUCUCUUUUAAAACAGUUUUAUUGGUAAUAAAAACAUUUUACAUUUA